AUGGAUGAGUUUCGCGAUACAUUUAUUAACUCCGACAUCGACGCCAUUUGUAUAUCUGAAACGUGGUUUCAUCCUGAAAUCGAUAGCAGCAUUUUUCAUGUUACGGGAUACAAACUGUUUAGAGCGGAUCGUCAUACUCAUGGCGGCGGGGUAGCUAUAUAUAUCAAACAUGGUAUAAGCUGCUCUCUCAAAUGUAUGUCAAACCGCUCUUCCCGCAUUGAAUACUUAUUUCUGGAACUUUUAUCUGAUGACAAGAAAAGAUUACUGCUGGGUUGCGUCUACAGACCAAAUUCAUCAAUAGAUUUUGAAGAAUUAAUAGAAACUAUUGAUAUAAUUUCCAUCGAGUACGACAAUAUAAUCGUAGCUGGUGAUUUUAAUAGCAACUUGCUUGUUGAGCGCUGUCUUGCCGACUCAAUGCAAACCCUAGGGCUACUUCCUGUGAAUGAUUCCGCACCAACUCACUUCACAAGAAGUAACGCGAGUCUGCUAGAUGUGUUCUUUGUCAGCCAUUUGUCCAAAAUAUCUCUCUACAAUCAGCUAGAUGCCCCCGCAUUCUCCAAGCAUGAUUUGCUUUUCGUCACAUACCACUUCGAAAUUAAUCCCACUGUUUGUACAUCGACAUAUCGCGACUUCAAAAACAUUGACUGGCCACUUCUGCAUCAAAGUUUAGAUGAAGUACCUUGGGAAGAGAUUUUCUAUAUGGAAGGUGUUGACGAACAAGUUUCCUUCCUAAAUCAUAACCUUUGCUCAAUUUACGACACAUGCGUUCCUGUCAAAGUCAUUUAUACUAACAGAAAACAACAGCCAUGGUUUACUCCUGAAAUCAAGCACUUGAUCAGCGUUCGAAAUUUGGCAUAUAAAAGAUGGAAACGUUAUAGACUGCCUACACUGUAUGACACGUUUAAAUCCGCUAGAAGAGAUGUGCUCAAAAAGACUAACGAGUCCAAAAAGCAGUACUAUAAAAGGAAAUUCGAAAAUGCAAUUGAUAGUAAGCGAAAAUGGAAAGAAAUAAGGAACAUCGGAAUUGGAUCGAAAUCCAAUACCAACACUGAUUGUCUUUCUAUCUCUGACCUAGAUGAGAUAAAUGAAAACUUUUUGAAAAUAAAUACUGUGGACCCUGGCACAAACACUUAUUCUAAUAUUUCUACAGCACAGAUUGAAGACACAUUCUCGUUUAGAUGUGUUAGUCCCGAAGAAGUCUUACAAAGUUUUGCAACCAUAAAGUCUGACGCAAUGGGAUUUGAUGGCAUACAUCCUAGAUUUGCCAAAUUGGUACUGCCGAAAAUACUUCCAUUUGUUACACACAUUUAUAACAACAUUCUUACAAAGUCAACGUUCCCAACAGACUGGAAAUUGGCAAAAAUUAUACCGAUACCCAAACAGAAUUCAGAGUUCCGUCCGAUUGCUAUCCUGCCGUUUUUCUCUAAAGCUUUGGAACGUAUUAUAAAUACUCAAAUAGAUGCCUUCCUGAGUUUCAGAGGUCUUUUGAAUGAUAGACAAUCUGGUUUUCGAACAAAAAGAAACUGCUCUACUGUAUUAAUUGACGUUGUGGAAGAAUUGAGACAAAAUAUGGAUAAUAAUAUGGUAUCAUUUCUGGUUUUACUGGACCACAGUAAAGCCUUUGACACAGUGAACCAUGAUAUUCUUAUCUCGAAGCUUGACAGACUUUUCUUUUUCUCCAAACCGGCCUGUAAACUGAUUUCAUUAUACAUUACCGGACGCCGUCAAUCCGUCAAUGUCGGUGAUACAACAUCUGCGGCACUUGAUGUACCUAGAGGUGUUCCGCAGGGCUCUAUCCUUGGUCCCUUACUUUUUUCUGUAUACAUAAAUGAUCUACCUGAUAUUCCAAUGCAUUGUAAUGUGCAAAUGUACGCUGACGAUGUUCAGCUUUUCUCCAGCGCUAAACCAAAUUGCGUACAAUCAUGUAUAAAUAAUAUUAAUUGCGAUCUGAAUGAAAUCCAGAACUGGGCGAGUAAAAAUAGUCUCUGUCUAAAUCCGUCAAAAACUAAACUGAUGAAAAUUUUAAAACGAUCAACCACCCAGAUUCCUCUUGUAAGAGCUACUUUGAACAACUCGGUAAUAGAAACUGUUGAUACAUCCUGCAACCUUGGUGUAAUAUUCAAUUCCAAACUGACUUGGACUAAUCAUAUAAACAAAGCUGUUGGUAAAGUUCAAGGAAUGCUGCGAAGUUUGUGCCAAAAGAAAAAUGAAAAACAGCAACUGAGUGAGGAGCGAGUGCAAUUGAAGUGCUGCAGCAGCAGCAGCAGCCGCCGCGUCAGGCACAUCUGGUGCAUAAACCAUAAAAAAUUCGCCUUAGCCAGAGCAACAAUGCAACAGCGUCAGCGUCAACUAGCCAGCCAUUUAGGCCAAACAACACUCACUCGAAUAACUGAAAUUAGGUCAACAAUUAGUAGCAGUCCGCAUGAUGACGAUGGUAGUGGUGGUGGUGGUGGUGCAUGUAGCAACAACAAAAAUACAUUGGCGACCACAACGGCAUCUUUUACUCGUCAGCAGUAG